AUGUCCGUCGCAAAGUCAAGUCUCAAGGCGGCGCGAGAGGCCCUCACCAAGAAGGACUACGCGAGCGCGAAAAAACACGCCUCUCAGGUGUUGGAUUUCGAGCCUGACAAUUACAAUGGCCAUGUCUUCUUGGGCUUAGCCCUGUUGGAACUCGGAGAGAACGAUGAAAGCGAGCAAAUAUACCGGAAGGCGAUCGAGUUGAACCCUACUCAACCUCUCGCAUGGCAGGGUAUCGCCAACUUCUACGAGAAAACGGCGAACUGGGAGAAGCAGGUUGACGCGUUGAUCCAGUUGAUGAAUCUCUUCAACACGGCUCAAGAUGCGAUCAAAUGUGCUGAGACCCUGCAGAAGCUGAUAGCUUUGUAUCGGAAGCACGGAACACAGCAGCAGUUGAUCAGUGGCCUCUCGUACUAUCUCCCCGAAUCUAAACUGUAUCCUCUGCUUUCGACCCUCCCUCUACCCGAUCCUACGAACCCUACCGGCACAACGACUUUCGAAGCUCAGGACUCAGUUCAUAAUGGCUUCCGCGUGCUAGAGGAGAUUGUAUCCUUGACGGAGCGGUUGGAGGAAGACACUUUCAAGCGCGAGGUCGAGAGGCGGAGAACGCGUCUUGGAGCCUCGAGUCCUGAGCAGAUACGGAAGGAGGUGUUCAGAGAGAUAUCGAGUAAAUCCCAGCUUCCGUCGCUAUACAAUGCCAUCCUCAAUCACCCGAACACAUCCGACGAGCUGCGCGCAGAGAUUGAUGCUAAGCAGCUCCGGCACAAGCAACAAUACCUUGCUUCAAUACCGCUCACGAAAGAAACGGCGUCGCUGAAGCUCCAAACAUUGAAUGAGCUGAACGAGCUGGUGGAAGGCAUCGUGCUGUUGCGUAAAGCGGAUGAGUUGGGCUGGAAGUUGUUUUUUGAAGGGACGGAUUGCGAGGAUAUGUCUGGAUACGACCAUGAACAUGUCCGGCAGUAUAUCACACUGUUCCCAGAAACACCGUUGGCGUCUUUGUUCAAGGGGUAUUUCACUUACUGGCAGGAGACACUGGCAGAAGAUGAAGAGGACGGAGACCUGUAUACCAUACCUGAUGAAGAUCCGCUUGAUACUGUCAUGAAUGCAUAUACUUCUCUUUCUGACACUCUUAUCGGCAAUCGCUUCAUGAGCAAAGUUUAUCUCACUGAAUUUGACUAUGAGAAUGCUAUCAAGACUUCGAAGCGAGGUCUGCGCAUUCUACAGCAAUCGGAAGCAGAAACCGGGAAAUCUCUUCCGAAAACACGGACGGGGUUUCAGGUGGUCCUCGCCACUUCAUUCAUACAUUUCUUCUCGCCAAAACAUCACCAGGAAGCCACUCGCAUCAUUGACGAAAUUCUAUCUCGUUCACCAGACAACACCGCAGCAUUGAUGGGUCAAGCGUUUAUCUUACAAGCCGUACCAAAGUGGCAGGAAGCGUCGGAAGGAUUCAACCGUGUAGCGACUCUGCUUCCCGAUGAUCUAGAUGUCGGGCUUCGCGCGCAGGAAGAGGCCGCAUGGUGUAAAUGCCAGAUCGGACUUGUGGAAGAGGGACUGGAGGGCUUACAACAAGUGUCCAACAUGCUCGACGACAUCGAUGACGAAGGGAGAAACUCUGAUCGUGCGCGCUGUAUCUGGAGAAUAGGGCAAUGCAAGCUGAAAACUGAGGAAGCGCCUUCCGCCUACAAAUACUUCAUCAACGCGCUUAGAAAACACCCCGAAUUCGCUCCUGCCUUUACUUCCCUCGGAAUUUAUUAUCUUGAACAUGCCUCACCUCCAGAUCCAAUUCGCUCUUCCAAAUGCUUCCAGAAAGCCUUUGAACUCGAUGCCCGGGAAACGAUAGCCGCAAGACGGUUGGCAGAAGGCUUUGCCAAUGAUCGAGAGUGGGAUCUGGUUGAAGUCGUCGCGCAACGAACGAUCGAAGGCGAAGGGGGCUUGAAUGCAGGCUUGGAAAAGACAGAGCUCGAUGCGGCGAGUAGAUAUCUACCCACGAACUCUUGGGCGUGGAAGGCCAUUGGCAUUGUCAAAUUUCAUUACAAAGACUAUCCAGCUGCCAUCCAGGCCAUCCAGAUCGCUCUGCGCGUCGAACCAGAGGAUCAGUCUUUGUGGGUCCGAUUAGGUGAAGCAUAUAAUAAAGCUGGACGGCAUACCGCUGCCUUAAAGGCACUUAACCAUGCGCUGGAAUUGGAUCCAAAUGACUGGCUGUGUUCCUAUUUUAUUGCAGAUGUUAAACAUUGUAUGGGGCUCUUCGAAGAAGCCAUCCAGAUCCUGAAUGCUCUCCGGGUUUCCCAUCAAGACGAAGUUUGCACCUUGGUGUCACUAUCCCAAGCUUACGUCGAUCUCGGAGCGACAGAAGUUGUCGAUGGCUUUCAGCAACGCGCUGAACAAUCAUUCCUGUCCGCCAUCAACAUCGCACUCGAAAUCGUCCAGUGUAUGUCAGGGUUCCGUACAAUCGCGUGGAAGUUGAUUGCAGACGCGGCCUUUCAUUUAUCCUCUUUUCCUGUGUUCACGAACGAAGCGAAGGUUCGGGCGACGUUGCAAGCCAUUCCCUUCAUGACUCCACCGGACUCUGUAAUGCAACUGGUGAAAGAAAUACCUUUGCCGCAAUUCCAAAACGAAGGCCCGAUCACCAGCAUUGACGUUGUGGCAACAGCAAUUCAUUGCUGUCUUUCUCAAAUCUCGUUAUACCCUGUCGGUCGAUCACCCAAUUCUGGCGCUUGGUAUGACCUUGCUGUUGCCGUGCGAUCCUGGAUGGCCAAAGUCCCUUCAGCCAUGGAUACUUCGCGAGGUCAAGAGCUUGCGGUCGGAUAUCUUAAGAAGGCGCUUACUGACGAUCCUGGAAAUGACGCAUGUUGGGUUGCUUUGGGAAACGCUUACUUCCUGUCUCAUCCGAAAGCUGCGCAACAUGCAUACAUUAUGGCGAUAGAGAUCGAAUCGAAGAACGCGUCGACUUGGGCAAACCUUGGCCUCCUGUACUACUAUCAUGGCGACAUCGAAUUGGCGAAUGAGGCGCUUUAUCGGGGACAGGUGCUUGACCCUGAUAACACUCUGGCAUGGGUCGGCCAAUUUUUGAUUGCAGCAGCCAAUGGUGACAAAGUGGAUGCUGGGCUCCUGCUGGAACAUGCUGUUGGUUUACCGAAACCAGUGCCAGAAGCAGAUUACGAGUACGCCUUUCAAAGCUUCAACUCGACCAGCAAACGUCAACGCUCUGGGAGAUCCCUUGAUUCCCUCUUACCCUCUUUCUUCUUGAUUAACCGAUAUUGUCAACGCCGUCCGGACGAUGCAUCUGGCCUUCAUCUCCUUUCUCUUGUAUGCGAGCGAUUAGGGCACCAUUCUCUAGGCGAGAAGCUAGUUGAACGCGCCAUCUCUAUUCUGGAAACAGCGUACGAGGAGACAGAAGACCCUCUCACUGAGAAAAAAUACACCAUUGCUAAUUCAACCCUAGGACGGCUGAAACUAGCUCAAGGAGACUUUGAAGGUUGUACUACAUCGUUUGAGAGUGUGCUGGGUCUAUUAGCAGAAAAGGACAACGACAAGGAGGUGACAACCUUGAAGGUACAAGCUCAUCUCAGUCUCGGUUUGGCACAUUUCUUCCAAAACGACCUGGAAGCAGCAGUCGGCCAUCUCGAGGAAGGGCUUGUUAGUGCAGGAGAAGAUCAAACUCUUCAAGGGCAGAUUAUUAUUGUCCUUGCACAAACCCUCUGGGCUAUCGGCACGGACGAGACGAAGGAGCUCGCUAAGUCGCGAUUGUUGGAGUGCAUCGCGUCUGAUCCCGAAAAUCUGACCGCAAUUAACACCCUAGCGGGAAUGGGGAUCCUCACCCAUGAUGAUAACUUGGUCGAUGCUGCCCUCUCCGAAAUCCUCGCGCUUCCCAUUGAACGAAAGCACAAGCUGGACCCCCAGCGUCACGUGGAUUAUUUGCUCAUUCAGCACCAUCUCGCGCAGGAGGACACGAAGCAGGCUAUAUCUGUCGCGCAGCACGCUGUACGCGCGGAGCCUGAGCGUUUGGACCAGCGGAAUCGAUUGGCGGCGCUGAUCGUGCGAGAGGGGCAGAACAAGGACGGCCUUGCACUUUUGGCUGCCGCCGACGGGAAGACGUCUGCUGGGGACAACACCGGCGCAGAAGCCGAGGACGUCAUUGCUACUCUAAGCAUUCAAGCUGUGGCGCAGUGUUCUUUGGGGGACAACGGAGAGGACAACACUGGCGGCGAUGAAUCGUUGUGGGAUGCAUUGUCGAAAGCCCAACGUGCAAUUAUGAUGCGGCCGUCCGAUGCCAGAGGAUGGCAGACACUGGCUUAUGUCCGAGCGCGGAUGGCAUAG